AUGAUGGACUCACAUAGACUGUCUUACACACAAAGAUUCUUCUACAGUCUCUUUUUAAAAGAUAUAGGUAUGCCUGUGGAGGAAGCUAUAGAUUUUUGGAGAAAUGAAUACAAACUGAAUCCAAACGGCACCCACGUUUGUUGCCACAGUUGGGAAAAGGAUGAAAAAAAAUACCUCUAUGGUAUAAGACAUAUGUAUGGACUUGAAGGUGGUAGGAAGAACUAUACAUCUGUAAACUGUCAAAGAAUUCAAGGGUCAGAUAAUGCAUGUUCAGAAGGUGGAUGUCCCUUCAAAUUUGACUAUCAACAAAUGGUGAAGCUUCUUCCGGGAUGCCCAGAUAAUGUUUUGUCUGUAAUAAAUGAGUUGAAAAGAAAGAGGCAGUAUAAUGCUGCAUGUAUGACAUAUUUACAAAGUAGUUUAAAAACUGACUGUGAUAGUGUAUGCUUUAGUUUUACUCCUGUUAAAUACUACAUGAUUGCAUCUAAAUAUGGAGUACAAUCAAAAUGAAA